AUGGCAAAGCCUUCUCGCAAUGAGUUCCACGUCGCCAUCGUCGGUGCCGGCAUUGGUGGCCUCGCUUUGGCUAUGGCUCUGUACAAAAAGGGCAUCUCUUUCACGCUAUACGAGGAUGCUAAGGAAUAUUCGGUAGUAGGCGCUGGCAUUGGGUUCGCCCCCAAUGGCAUGCGCACGAUGGAUCUCAUCGAGCCGGGUUUCCGACCUCUUUAUGAGGCCAUUUGUGUAGGAAACAAGGGUGAGAAGGCACAAGAUAUCUUUUUUGAGGGCAUGCUACUCGAAGAUGGUCUUGGUCGUGAUAAGCCUUGGUACGGCCAUUCUGGAUGGGGCCACCCAGAUUACAUCCGAAAAUCUGCGCAUCGAAAGACGCUUCUCGACAUCAUGACUAGUUUCAUCCCGAUCGAAAAUGUAAAGUUCAACAAACGUCUUACGAAUAUUGAGCAGCGACCCGAUGGGGUUACUCUGUCAUUUUUGGAUGGCACCACAGCCGAGUGCUCAGUUCUUGCUGGUGCCGAUGGCAUCAAGAGCACAGUCAGAGCCAACGUUCUUGAACACCACCCUAGCCAGAUCGCACCCGUGUAUGCAGGUGCCUAUUGCUAUCGUGCUGUCAUUCCCAUGUCGGAAGCCUACGAGAUUCUCGGUGAUCUCACCGACGUUGCGAAGAUCUAUUUCGGACCUGGGCGCGGCGCUGUUACCUAUCGUAUCUCAGGAGGCGAUGAGUUCAACUACCUCCUUUGUGUCGCUGAUUCCCCGGACGGUUGGAAGCUUAGGGGUCCUGUUACAGAAACCAUAUCCCACGAGGCCAUGAUGGCUGAUUUCGAGGACCCACGCGUUGAUGAUCGAUUUCGACAACUCCUUGCUAAAGCCAAGCCCGUCAAAUGGGGUUUCUUCCACCAUAUUCGCACAGCGUCAUACUACCGUGAUCGCGUAGUCCUAGUCGGCGACAGCGCUCACGCCUCGCUGCCCUUCCAAGCUGCGGGAGCAGCCCAGGGUCUGGAAGAUGCUCUGGUUAUGUCCAACAUUCUCGCAGAAGUCGCCAAGGUGCCUGAGCGCGGCGCAGAUCUUGCGCCUUAUAUCCAAGCGGGACUAUCUGCCUACGACUCCGUUCGACGUCCUCGUGCGCAAAAGCAGCUGGAGCAGGCCGCUGAAGUUGGGCGUAUGGUCUUCUUUCAGCAUGAGGAGGCGGGUGCGGACAUGGAGAAUAUUCUGCCUAGAUUGCAAAAGGGGAGGUUUAACUGGUUGUGGUUUCAUGAUAUGAAUGAUGAUGUGCAGGAGGCUAUUAAGAGGAUGCACAAGCAGAUUAACAUAGGAGAUGCGCCUUCUGUUGCGAGGAUAUGA